AUGUGUGCGGAACAUGGGAACAGGGGAUUCCGUAACCAGGAAGAGGAAGAAGGAACAACAGCUACUGGAGACAAAAAGAGCAGUCCACCCCUCUUCCUUCCUCUCCCCCUCCAAGUUCCUAAUAGAGAACAGAGCCCUGUGACCCCAGCCGGGGUAAAAAUACAGGCAAGCAUUUGGGGACCGGCUUCAUUUUGGCACCGCAGCCCCCAGCGGCUAAGGGCAUCAGCCUCCCUGGACGUCAAAGGCAGCUUCGGUGAACGUAGCCCUCCGCAGGUCAAUGUCACUCCUACCAGGGGGCGAUGGGAUGUCAGCCAGAUACCGAAAAAACCACCAUCAUCCCAUCAGACCCGCCACAAUGUCAUGGAAGAGUAUGGCUAUGAAAUAGGCAGGGUGAUUGGUAAUGGCUCUUACGGCACGGUCUAUGAGGCCUGUUACACUAAGCAAAGAGUCCAUGUUGCUGUCAAGGUCAUCUCCAAAAAGAAAGCUUCUGAGGACUAUCUUACCAAGUUCCUGCCCCGAGAGAUCCAGGUAAUGAAACUCUUACGGCACAAGUACCUAAUCAACUUCUACCAGGCCAUUGAGACCACAUCUCGUGUGUAUAUGAUGCUAGAGCUGGCUCAGGGGGGUGAUGUUCUUGACUGGAUCCAGCGCUUUGGGGCCUGCUCCGAGCACCUUGCCGGCAAGUGGUUCUCCCAACUCACCCUGGGCAUCGCUUACCUGCACAGCAAGGGCAUCGUGCACCGCCCCUGCCUGACCCCCAGGCCUUCUGCUGCUGGUAGGGACCUAAAGUUGGAGAACAUGUUGCUGGAUAAGCGGGAAAAUGUGAAGAUCUCUGACUUCGGCUUUUCCAAGAUGGUGUCAACUGAUAUCCAGACCCAGGAGAGACCUUCCCAACACCUCACAGGCUGCUUUUCCCACCUCAGCCGGACCUACUGUGGUAGUUUCGCCUAUGCCUGCCCAGAGAUCUUGCUGGGGUUGCCCUACAACCCUUUCCUCUCCGACAUCUGGAGCAUGGGUGUCAUUCUCUAUACCCUGGUUGUUGCCCGUCUACCCUUCGAUGACACCAACCUAAAAAGGCUGCUUCGACAGACUCAGAAGGAGGUCACCUUCCCAACUAACCACCUUAUCUCUCAGGAGUGCAAGAACCUGAUUCACACGAUGCUGCACCAGGCUGUCAAUCGUGCUACCAUCCUGGACAUCGUCAAGAACCCCUGGGUGCUCAAGUUUCAGCCAGCUCGGCCUCACCAUGAAAUCCAGUUGCUAGAGGUCCUGUGUCUACCACAAAACUCCACCACUACCGAUACUGCAAGUUGAGCAGGACUGGUGAAGAAGGCAGAAGAGGGGGUUAAGGCAGGAAGUU